UUUAAUAAGCAAAUUAAAACUUGGUUACAAAAAAAAUUUGCAAAUGGUGAUAUUCAUGCUACAUAUUAAAGCCUAAAUUAUUCAAAACAAAGAUAUAAUUUUCUUUCCAAUAUGUUUAAUUAAUUUUACUUGAAAAGUAUUUCAAAAUUAAAAGAAAAUUCAAGAGGAAAAUAUUUUCUAGAACUAAUAAUGAAAAUGAAAGAAUUUGUUUAAAUUAGUGUGUAAUUACUAAUUACACAUUCAUAUUGCAGUUUUAAAAUUAUCUAAUUAGACUUUUUCGAAACGCAAGUGGUUAAAAGAAGUUAUAGAAUGUAAACGAAUACAAUAAAUAAAUGUGUAGUUAUUUAAAAAUUUAGUUAAAAUCAUUAUAUUUAUGUGGAAAUAUGACACAUGGAGUAUAAAUUUAUGUUUACUGUGAGCGUUUUUACGGAGGAUUGAAAAACUUUUGUAGAGUGUAUUAAUAACACUUUAAUUUUUAAAGCUAAACAAUAUUUUAUUUUAACUAAUAUUUGUUUAUUUAUAGUUAUUUUUAGUGAAUCGUGGUAACGUUGUUUGAUUAUAUUGUAUUUUGUAUUUGUCUAUGAAAUUUUGUGUAUAGUUGCAAACUUGCAUAUUUUUGUGUCGCAUAAAACUGAAAAAAAGCAAUUUGAAGUGAACAUAUCUUUAAAAUAUAUUCCAUCAUAAAAAAUCUGUGUAAUAUGUUGUAAACUCAGAUUAAAAUUUGGUUUUAGGUAUAAACAAUGUGAAAGCGUAUUCAAAUACAUAUAUUAUGCAACAAUUUGUACCUACAACAACGACCCUUGUAUAUUCUAAUUUCUCCCGAUGUUGCAACGUAUCCACUCCCAGUUCCUGGGGGGGUUCAAGUAACUCUGACACAUCGAAGAGAACACUUACUACUAUCAAGGAAACAGAUAAUCAAAAUAAAAGAAUAUGUGAUAAAGUUGUAAUUCCUGAACAAAAAUUUAGCACAACUGAUUUCAAUUUAAGUGAAUUAAAUAUUAAACAGGAACCUUGUCAAGUAGCUGAGAUAUCAGCUUCGGACAAUAUUAAUCUAGAGCAGCAAACAGUUAAUCCGAUAAAUGACUCAAACUGUCCUAUUUAUUGUACUUUUACAAAAGCAGAAGGUUGCCAAAACAACCCAAUGGAUAAUGAAAAUACUUUACAAACCAAUAAUGAAUUCACUGGAGUUCCUAUUGGUUUCGGUUAUGCCAGACAAAAGUUGCCGGAGCAUUUAAACAAUCUUAAUACACCGAAAGACACGAAUAGAUUUGCGGUUGGCAUAGAUCUCAGAAACAUAGAGAAUCGAAAUGCACCUUUUGCUGUUAAUCAAGAAAUAUUGAUAAACGGUACAAAUUCAGUGAUAGCUCUUAACAAUGAAAAUCAUAAUCACGCCGCAAUCGGUAUGCAUAAUUUGAGAACAUCAAACUCCUUUUGGCAAUAUCCUAUUGCAGUUCAUGAGUCCUUACUUGCUAUGCCAUUUCCUUCCUUAGGGGUUCAAUUGAUGAGAGAUCAUAAUACCGGCCAUCUUUUAUUUUUACCGCCAUCCACCGCUGCUAUUGAUACUCUUCAUCCAACGAUAGUCUGGCCAUCAUUUCAACAACCACCUCAAACAACUCAAAUGCCGCAUAUAGUAUUUCCAUCGAUACCACAAACUCUUCCUACACCCUUUGCUCCUUUACAUUUGACGGGUUCUGACUUUUUAACUAGCACAACUUUGCAUCAGCAUACCCAAACUCAAACACGAUUAGUUGCUGUUUCAACUCCUGAUAAUAAAAGGAAAGUAGUUAUUGGGCCAAAGUUUCAACAGAAUACAACUAUAAAAAUUGAGGAUAAAAAUGAAAUGAAAAUUGAGUGUAAAAGCUCUGAAUUCAUGUCAAAUAUAGACUCUAAAACAUGUUCUAGUGAAAAAACUGCUAAAACUACUUUACAUUUCAAUCAAGAAUUGAAAGACACAAUUUUAUCUAGAGUGCAACAAAAUAAGAGCACGCAAUUAAACCCUUUUACGUGCAAUCCAAUGGAUCCUGUUCCUGCUUUAACAGCUUCUGUUAGUCAGAAUAAUAAAAAUGAAAUUUCCACUACAGAAAUUUCUUCUUCAAGUGAGUAUAUGCCCGGGGGGCUAAAUAAUGAAUUAUUUUGUUAUAAAGGGAACGAAAACAUUGAGUGUCAACAUUGUCCAUAUGUCCUUGAAAGACAGGAUGCAAAUAUACAAACUGACAAUUUAAUCAUGAAUAAAGAAGAUGAUAUGAUGGAAGAAGACGAGGAAAGUUUAAAAAGUGAAACUGAAAAUUCAAUAAAAGCAAACAAUGUAUGCUUCAGAAGCGAACCGAAUCCGAAUCAAAAUCCAAAGUAUUGUGAAAUGGAAGAAGAUUGCGAAAAUGUUUGCAAUAAAAACAGGAUGGCAAAUAACUCCAUGGUAUGCGUUCCACCUGAAAAUUUAGAGGAACAAAAAAUACCAUCAAAAACUGACAGCUCGGAAAACUGUAAUUCGAUAGCGCCCGCAGAAGAGUCUUUAAACCCAAUUGAUUUGAGUGGACUUGAGCUCUUAUCUAAUAUUAGUAUAGAAGCGAUAGAAAGUAAGGUAAUGCAUUUAAAAAAAGAAGAUAAAAAAGAAGAAACAAAUGAUUACUGCGAAAAUCAAAAAGAAAAAGAAACUAAUAACAACCUUCAAGAAUCCUUGGAAAAUUUGGAAUCUAGUCAGUCAACUUUGGGCGGUUUAAACCUUUUGUGUGCCUUGGCUGAACAGAGAAUUCAAGAAGAAGGUAAUAAUACAGAUCGCGAGAUCUCUAAGUCAUGUAAAAAAGAACGUAUGCGUCAAAAGAAACGCAAAAUUGUUCGGUGCAAUAAAAUUCGUAGAGGAAGAAAAUUAAAAUAUUUAAAAGGAAGAAAUGAGAAUGGGGAAAACGUCAGCGAUGAUAUUCGACACGUUCUUAAACAUGUGAAAUCAAAAUGUAAUUACUGUGAUGAAUGUAGGAAUAAAAAAUUUUCUGAAGUGUCUGAUUGCUUCCACCGUGAUGUUAAAUGGCCUACAGCCGCCGAAAUAUUUAGAGCUAUGGAGUUGAAAAUGCGUCGAAAAUUAGCUGCGAUAAGUCAAAAAUGCGAAGGCAAAAAGAAAGAAUUAGAUAAGAAACCAAUUUCGAACUUUCAAGAAAAUAACUCUGAUGUAGGAAAUCAUAAUGAUUUCAGUUCUUCUAAUAAUAUACAAAAUCAAAAUAUAUCAGCCAAAAUAAAAUCUAGAUCUCCUUCGCCAUCAAAUAGUCAAAAUGAAAUUAUUAAAUUUAAAUCACUACCUUCCAUAUUAAAUAAUGGCACUAAACAACGUCAAGCUCACAAUAUUUUACAAGCAGAAAUUCCGACAUUUUUGCCAAAAGAUUCUUUAAAACAAAAAAUUACUGAUUCGAAUGCAUAUAAAAAGUCAUUCAAUAUUGAUGGCGAAAACAAGUGCAUUUCGACUUCCGUAAACAUUUUGCCCAGUGUGCUAGGAAAUAAUUUAGCUUCUCAUUCAACAAAUGCUCAUUUUAAUAACCCUAGUAUGCUUGUAGAUCAUAAUAAUUCAAGCUUUACGGAAGAAUCUUCAAAUGGGAGACCAAUUGUUCUCCGAUUGCAGAAACCUAGUUUUAAUGAAACGCAUUUUGCUGAUAUGGAUAAAAAGAAAGGAAUUUUAAAAGAUAGACGUUUACGGAAACUUUUGAAAAAUCAUUCUAAUUCAAAAAAAAUACAAAAACACAAACUCAUGAAGCAUAAAUAUAUUCACAUGGAAGAAAAGAAAAAAAUUAUUGACGGUCAUUUAAGAAUAUCUGACAAUCACUUGAAAGAACCAAAAGUACGUGUUCUAACAGCAAUGGGUGGUUUAUUUUACGCGGGAUAUUUGCAACCUAUAGAGCCACCGGAUGUGUAUGCAGUAACUUUAGAUGGGGAGAGGGGCAAUAAACCUCAUAUUAUGUGCAGAGAAGAAGUUUUAAGAGACGUGAUUUUAGAAAUAUCCCCUGCUUCUAUUAACGAGGUGCCACAAGGCACUCGAAUAUGUGCGUAUUGGAGUCCACAAUACAGAUGUUUAUAUCCAGGAACAACUGUUGAAAUGAAUGAAGAAAGCAAAGAUGGGGUCUUUGUCAGUGUUGAAUUUGAUGACGGAGAUAGUGGUAGAAUAUCAUUAGAAGAUAUACGAUUUUUAUUAAGUGAUUAUCCUAUUGCUGGAAAAAAAAAAUCUAGAAAAACUGAGGAUGUGUUUAUUAGAAAUGACAAUGUUCCACAACUGAAGACUGAUAAUUUGGCUAUUGAGCGAUGUAAACAUCAUAAAAUUCGGAAAGAUUCAUGUAUUGGUUUUCAUUAUGAACACUGUAAAAAACAUAAGCAGAAAUGUACAGAUGAAAGCUGUUGGCCAAAAAAACAGAAAAAGAAGAAAAAGCAUAAAAAGCAUCAUCGCAAAAGAAGCACUUCAUUGAAUAGACAGGUUAAACAUGGUGAAUCCAACUUAAACUAUAAUGAAAUUUUGACAAAUGACGAAUUUAGCUUGCAAGAGGAUAACUUAAAAGAUGUCGAUGAAAAUUCAAAUAAUGAUGUAAAGGUUGUCAUAAAACAAGAGAUUGAAACCAAGAAUGAAAAGCAAUGUAAUAAAGAAACUGAGGUUAAAAGUGAAAGGAAAUUUGAAAAGAGUAACAGUAAAAUUGCUGCAUUUUUACCUGAAAAACAAUUAUGGCAAUGGUUAGGUGACUAUUUUAGAAGGCCUGGAGCUAAGGGUAGAACUAAAAAGAAAUUCUACAAAUCCAUUCAAAGAGGAGAUGAAACAUUAACGAUUGGAGAAUGCGCGGUAUUUUUAUCAACUGAUACUGAUCGACCUUAUAUAGGAAAAAUACAAACUAUGUGGGAAACAUCGACAAAUAAUAAAGUUGUUCGUGUAAGAUGGUUUUAUCACCCGGAAGAAACUGUAGGAUGUGCGAAACUUAAAUAUUCCGGUGGCCUUUUCGAAUCUUCUCAUGAAGAUGAAAAUGAUGUGCAAACUAUUUCCCAUAAAUGUGAAGUUCUAUUGCUGAAUGAUUACAUUGAAAAGUUUGGGGUGGAUCCAAAGAAAUAUUCAGUAUACAAUAACAAUGAUACUUAUUAUUACGCCGGUUUUUAUGAUCCAGUGACACAUAAAAUUAAAAUGCAAUCCGAUAUUCCUACAUCAGGCGAUCAUCAAAAAACCGAAAAUUUUAGUACAUAAUAUAAUUUCUGUAGCAAUGAAUCAUUUAAGUUAUGUAUAAAAACUUUUCAAAUUAUUUUUUUAGGGAAAGAAGUGAAAUAAUAAAAUUAUUAAAUCUGGACAGAAUUUUUUAAUAUUAUUGGUAAAGUCUUCUAUUAUUUUGUUCAUUAAAAAAAUGAAAUAAAAUAGUUGUAAAAGUAAUUAUUAUAAAAAUACAUCGUUAUAUUUUUUUAAAUUUAAAGUAAAAAUUAAACUUGAAACAUUUAAACAGCAGCUUAAAUUGAAAUAUUUGUUAGAUUUAAUUCGUCCAGUAGCAGUUUCAUUUA